GCCAACCCCCAUUAUUAAGAUAUCAGUAUCUCUCUCUCUCCCCUCUUCCCCACCCAACCUUCUCUCUAUCACACACACAAAACAAUGGAUAAAAAACAACUGUGCAACACGUCUCAAGAUCCUGAAGUGAGAAAAGGACCUUGGACGAUGGAAGAAGACUUGAUCUUGAUCAACUAUAUUGCAAAUCAUGGGGAAGGUGUUUGGAAUUCUUUGGCCAAAGCUGCUGGUCUCAAACGUACCGGAAAGAGUUGCCGGCUAAGGUGGCUAAACUACCUCCGUCCUGAUGUUAGAAGAGGGAAUAUUACACCCGAGGAACAACUUUUGAUCAUGGAGCUUCACGCAAAGUGGGGAAACAGGUGGUCCAAAAUUGCCAAGCAUCUACCUGGUAGGACAGAUAAUGAGAUCAAGAACUAUUGGAGGACCAGGAUCCAGAAGCACAUCAAGCAAGCUGAGAACUUUCAGCAACAAAUCAGCAAUAACUCUGAGAUAAAUGAUCACCAAGCUAGCACUAGCCAUGUUUCUACCAUGGCUGAACCCAUGGAGACCUAUUCUCCACCCUUUUAUCAAGGAAUGUUAGAGCCAUUUUCUUCAAUUCAGUUCCCCACAAUUAAUCCUGAUCAAUCCAGUUGUUGUACCAAUGACAACAACAACAGCAUUAACUAUUGGAGCAUGGAGGAUAUCUGGUCAAUGCAGUUACUGAACGGGGAUUAAAUAUUGAUAUAUCAAGAUAAACCUAAAUUCUUGUAUAAGUUCCAUAAAACACUGGAAUGUCUCUGGCUUAAAACAUAUUAUUAUUAGGUUUGUUUAUAUAAGUAGUUGGAUAUGUUUGGUUUUGCGUACCAUUAUUAGCAUAUAUAUAUAUAUUUCAAAUGAGAUGCUAUGUGCAUUGUAAAAGAUAUGGUUAAGAACCACAUAGUUUCAAAACUCUUAAAUAUAAUUCCAGUCACUUAUUA